GAGAUAACGUUCAAUUUUGCUGGAGUCAUAUUAAAUAUGGCUUCAGGUCAAAACAACAAUGAUCCACCAGCUAUAUCUAUAAUUUUUGUAAGUAAUUUUCGUCUUUAUAGUCGUAUAAUGUAAUUUAAUCAAAAAUACUAACAGAACAACUAUGAAAGUCCCCCGCCGUAUUCAACUGUACAAUUAACGACAAAUGUAAAUCCUAGUGAGUCAACUGAACCGCCUCCAUAUAAUGAUAACGUUUAUCCCCAUGAGCCUCCUCCAACCUACAACAGCUUAUACGGUCAAGUAAUGGAAGCUAGAAACCAAUCAUCUAGCUCAAUCGAUUUUAUUAAUAAACUUUUAAAUAUUUUAAAGGUUUCAUUGGGUUAUAUAUUGUUCUUUUGUAUUUCCCUUGCUUUAUCAUUAUCGUUCAUCGUUAUGGGGAUUAAGUACAGAAACCAAUGUCAGCUAGAUAGACGAAUACCCAUAUUUAUGAUUUUUGGAGGUUGUAUGUGGAUGAUUAAAAAUUUAUUGUAUAUAGGCGAGAGUAUAUAUUUUACGUGUCGAAAGGACAGGGAGGAGAAUGAGAAUGAGUAUGGAAACUCAUCAGCAUGCGUAUCCAGAACUCACACGUUUUUAAGUAUCUGUCUAUUUCCGUGGUUUAUAACAAUGAACAUUUGGAUGUUUGUUUUGUUUUCAAGAGUUUCAUCAGAUGCAAACGAUGAACGUUACUGUAAUUCAGUGUUCUUCAAUUUCGUCUUUGGCUCCCUACUAUCUAUUGUUCUUGCUUAUAUGUCAGUCUUAUUUAUUUUGUGUGCCUGUCGAGGUUUCCGUCCCAAAGAAAAUACAACCUCAGAAAACUAAGUUUACAAAGUCAAAUUAAUAUAAAACAUAAAUAUUAAGGUAGAGAGUGUUUGCGUAUGUUUAGUACCGAUCCUUUAUUGACCUUUCAGUCUUCAACGUUCUUUAAAUAUCUAAAAAGGGAAGGAGCUGAUAUAUUCUCUUUUAAAUAUGAGUGAUGACGAAGAAGUUGAAGAAUUAGGCUCAGGUGACGUUGAUUCGGAGAACUUGACGGCUAUUAAAAUAUCUGAGAAACUCGUUGAGGCUAUUCGCUUAAAUAAUCCUCCAAGAUUUAGACGUCUGAUAAAUAAAUAUCAACAACAAGCAGCUCAGAUCUGUAAUACCCCAGGACCAGACCUAUAUUGUGCGACUACCGCAGCAGCUGAUCUUGGUAAUACGUCUCUCCUCUCUGAGUUAUUUGAGAAAAAUGUCCCCUUACAUUGGUCAGAUGGACAUGGCUGGAUGCCUCUACAUGUUGCUUCUAGAAGUGGGAGAGUUGAAGCCGUAAAAUUUCUUAUAGAGGAAGUAAAAGUAAACCUUGAUUAUAAAACUCGAAGCGGUUGGACAGCUCUUCAUCUUGCCAUUCUAAAAGAUCACGACUCUGUAGCCGAGCUUCUAAUAAGACAUAGAGCAAAUGUAAACGCUCCAGGCCCCAAUAACUGGACACCAAUCCAUAUUGCAGCCCAUGGCGGUUUUGAUCAAAUACUAAGUAAAAUUAUUUAUUUUGCUGAAAAGAGAAUUGAUUUAUCAGCGAAAACCGAUGGGGGUAGCACAGCUAUAUCUUUGUCUUUAGCUCAACAAAGAACUGAGGCUUUCAGGCAGCUUAUAGCUAUCAAAGGAUCAAAUAUACUAAAAGAUGGUCUAUACCCUAUUCAUCUUAUUUGUCUUUACUCCAGAAUAGAUGCCUUUAAAGCUUAUAUAGAAACAGAAGGAUAUGAUUUAAAUACUAUGUCAGAAGAUGGUAAGGGAAUGACAGGUCUUCAUAUAAGUUGUCAAAGAAAUGAUGUAGACAUGGUUCGCUUACUGCUCGGUAAAGGAGCCGACCCAAACUUAAAAGAUGUUGAAGGGCGAAUGUCUACACACUAUGCGGCUGAAUAUGGGGAUGCUAAGCUAAUGCAGGUUCUGUUAAGUCAUCGCGCCUACCUGAAUACUCCUGAUAUAAAAGGGAAUAUUCCGCUUCACAUCGCAAUUGAGAAAGGAAAUAGAUCGGUUGCUCGUCAUAUUAUCCCACUCUCAGAGAUAAAUAGUAGAAAUGUAGAUGGCUUCGCGCCACUCACUAGUUGUGCCAUCUACUGUCUUCCAGAUAUCGCAGAUUUAUUAAUAUCAGAGAAAGGGCGAAUUGACUGUAAUAUUCGCGAUUCAAAAAAACGAACUCCCCUUCAUCAUGCUGCUAAUAAGGGAAACUCCCAAAUGAUAAGAAGUUUAAUAAAAAAUGGAGCAGCAGGUUGGCUCCAGGAUGAGAACGGCAAAACGCCUUUACAUAUAACAAGUGCUAGAGGUUUUAGUCAAUGCAUGAAAAUUUUACUAAAAUCCGGAAGUGUAGUAGACAGUCGUACAUACGAAAAUCUAACUCCUUUACAUAUGGUAGCCAAUGAAGAGGUCUGCAAGUUACUUUUGGAGCAUGAUGCUACAGUAAGUGCCAGUUGUGAUUGUGAAUCUUGGAUGCCAAUUCAUUUUGCAGCCUACAAAGGUUUAGCUGAAGUUUGCGAACUAUUGUUGGAGGCAGGUGCGGGAGUCGAUUCUUUAGCAGCAGAUAAUAUUACACCACUUCAUUUAAGUGCAUUUCAAGGUCAAGUAGAUAUCUUAACAUUAUUUUUGGAGAAAGGUGCAGCCGUUAAUAAGAUUUCUCAAAAAGGUCGUUGGACAUCUUUACAUAUCGUUUCUGAGAAAGGUUAUCAUGAGUGUUCAAAAAUACUUCUUGACUAUGGCGCUUUACCUAGCCUUUGGAGCAGAACAGGAGAUACAUCGUUGCACACAGCUUGCAGAUGGGGUUUCGACAAAAUUGUAAACGAAAUUUUGAAUAGGCCUAAUAUAGAAAUAGAUUACGAUGCCGCAAACUCAGUUGGGUUGACUGCUGUUGCUUUGGCCUCUCGAUAUGGCCAUGUAUUAUGUGUACAGCGAUUGAUACAGAGCAAAGUUAAUAUAGAGAAAAAGGAUGAUGACGGAGAUUCACCCCUUCACUUAGCUGUAAGGAAUAAUCACGAAGAUGUUGUCAAAAUGUUAGCUUCAAAUAAGGCUGAUGUUAAUUCUUAUGGUUGUGGCGGCUGGACACCUUUACACCUUGCUUCGUCGUUUGGCUACAUUAGUGUUAUUGAUUCACUGUUAUCUUCACCUGAAAUUGAAGUUGACAAACCAACAAAUGACGAAAAUCGCUUGACAGCCAUCUCCUUAGCAGCUAUUGAAUCUAAAGAAGAUUGUGUCAGAUUGCUGGCAAGUGCUGGUGCAGCUCAUAAUCAACCUUCAAGAUUGGGCCAGCGGAUUCGUUCAUUUUUGCAAUCACAAUAA